GUACCACCUCCCAGUGAGCGUUCCCAGCUGUCCCCCAGUACCACCUCCCAGUGAGCGCUCCCAGCUGUCCCCCAGUACCACCUCCCAGUGAGCGCUCCCAGCUGUCCCCCAGUACCACAUGCUGUCUGGCUGCUACUGAGGGUUUAACAAUAGCUCAGUCCUACUGCCCCAGAGACCACAGCCGAGCAAAGUAGAGCACAGAUAAGCAGAGAGACCAUGUUGGGAUAGGAUCUAGUCUCUUACAAGAUUACUCUGAGACCCAGAGUAGAGCAGAACAGACUAGAGAAGAGUAGUACAGAGUAGAACAGACUAGAGAAGAGUAGAAAAGAGAAGAGCAGAGUAGAACAGAACAGACUAGAGAAGAGUAGAAAAGAGCAGAGCAGAGUAGAACAGGGAAGAGAACAGAGCAGGUUAGAGGACUCUGAAAGUUUAGCCAACUGUCGUUUGGUUGACAACUCAACCCAGGUCAUAAAGAUAUAAACACUCAGAGAAAAUAUAAACCGUCAUCUUAUUUAACAGAUGUUUUAUUUGAAGGUACACACUCUUCUUGUUGGGAUUCUGGUUGUUUUAGCAGGUUCAGCCAGGUGUUCAGAAGAUGAGACGCGUCUGGUUAAAACCCUGUUCACCGGCUAUAACAAGGUGGUCCGCCCUGUCAAUCACUUCAGAGAUCCGGUGGUGGUGACUGUAGGCUUGCAGCUCAUCCAGCUCAUUAGUGUGGAUGAAGUCAAUCAAAUUGUGACCAGUAAUGUGCGGCUGAAACAGAUAUGGGAGGACGUGAAUCUGAAGUGGAACCCUGAUGAUUAUAGUGGAAUUAAGAAGAUCAGAAUCCCUUCCACAGACAUCUGGCGUCCUGACCUUGUGCUCUAUAACAAUGCAGAUGGAGACUUUGCAAUCGUCCAUGAGACCAAGGUGCUGCUGGAGCACACAGGUCUGAUCACCUGGAACCCUCCGGCCAUCUUUAAGAGCUACUGUGAGAUCAUUGUGCUUCACUUCCCCUUCGACCUGCAGAACUGCAGUAUGAAGCUGGGGACAUGGACCUACGACGGCAACCUGGUAGUGGUCAACCCGGACAACGACCGGCCUGACCUGAGUAACUUCAUGGAGAGUGGUGAGUGGGUGAUGCAGGACUAUAGGAGCUGGAAGCACUGGGUGUACUAUGCCUGCUGCCCUGACACGCCCUACCUGGAUAUCACCUACCACUUCCUGAUGCUGAGGCUGCCUCUCUACUUUAUCGUCAACGUCAUCAUCCCCUGCAUGCUGUUCUCCUUUCUGACUGGACUGGUCUUCUACCUCCCCACUGACUCUGGUGAGAAGAUGACCCUGUCUAUCUCUGUCCUGCUGUCUCUCACUGUGUUUCUGCUGGUCAUCGUGGAGCUCAUCCCCUCCACCUCCAGUGCGGUGCCUCUCAUUGGGAAGUACAUGCUCUUCACCAUGGUCUUCGUCAUAGCUUCCAUCGUCAUCACCGUCAUCGUCAUCAACACACACCACCGCUCUCCCAGUACACACACAAUGCCCCAGUGGGUCCGCAAGAUUUUCAUCGACACAAUCCCCAAUUUCAUGUUCUUCUCGACUAUGAACCGUCCAUCCAGGGACAGGCAGGAGAAGAGGAUCCACCCGACUGACUUUGACAUCUCCGACAUCUCGGGCAAGCCUGCCCCUGCCUCUGUCACCUUCCAGUCCCCCAUCACCAAGAACCCGGACGUCCGCAGCGCCGUCGAGGGGGUCAAGUACAUCGCAGAGACCAUGAAGUCUGACGAAGAGUCCAACAAUGCUGCUGAGGAGUGGAAGUUUGUAGCCAUGGUCCUGGAUCACAUCUUGCUGUGUGUGUUCAUGGCUGUGUGUAUCAUCGGCACCAUGGGAGUGUUUGCUGGACGUCUCAUUGAGCUGAGCAUGCAGGACUAAAGGAGAGACCUAGCUGGAGUCAACCUGGUCUGGCCACACUCUGGUUCUCCUGCUCGCUCUGACACCUGUCUGCUGUGCCUCUACCCCGAGUCAUCUGGUCUGUCCACACUCUGGUUCUCCUGCUCGCUCUGACACCUGUCUGCUGUGCCUCUACCCCGAGUCAUCUGGUCUGUCCACACUCUGGUUCCCCUGCUCGCUCUGACACCUGUCUGCUGUGACUCUACCCCGAGUCAUCUGGUCUGUCCACACUCUGGUUCUCCUGCUCGCUCUGACACCUGUCUGCUGUGACUCUACCCCGAGUCAACCUGGUCUGUCCACACUCUGGUUCUCCUGCUCGCUCUGACACCUGUCUGCUGUGCCUCUACCCCGAGUCAUCUGGUCUGUCCACACUCUGGUUCUCCUGCUCGCUCUGACACCUGUCUGCUGUGACUCUACCCCGAGUCAUCUGGAAAUGACAAUCAAUCGAUUGAUUGAGCGUUCCAUCGUUCCUCAUGUGGAACGAAGGAUGCAUAGUAUAUUGGUUUAACAAACUCUGCAUAACGGCUCUGAUUGUGAGCACUCUGGUACUCUUAUGGCACUGUGGAUGAGGGAGGUCACAUUAUGGCACUGUGGAUGAGGGAGAUCACAUUAUGGCACUGUGGAUGAGGGAGGUCACAUUAUGGCACUGUGGAUGAGGGAGAUCACAUUAUGGUACUGUGGAUGAGGGAGGACACAUUAUGGUACUGUGGAUGAGGGAGAUCACAUUAUGGUACUAUGGAUGAGGGAGAUCACAUUAUGGCACUGUGGAUGAGGGAGAUCACAUUAUGGUACUAUGGAUGAGGGAGAUCACGUUAUGGUACUGUGGAUGAGGGAGGUCACAUUAUGGUACUAUGGAUGAGGGAGAUCACAUUAUGGUACUAUGGAUGAGGGAGAUCACAUUAUGGCACUGCGGAUGAGGGAGGUUACAUUAUGGUACUAUGGAUGAGGGAGGCCACAAGCAGCUGGUAGUGCAUCUUGGCCUUGUAGCAUGAUCUUUAUUGACGAUCAGAAAUUCAGUUUGAAUGAGUUUCUCAACAUUGAUUUAGAAGUGGUCCAGUCUUGUGGAUGGGCUGUUGCUUAUUCAAUAAAGAUAACAGUGCAGGGGCUGCUGGGAAACUACACGAGGUUUUAUCUUGUCCGAUGUUAGGGUUUUUUCUCCUCCUUCUGCCAAAUGUCAUCAUGGUUGUAUUUUUAGAUUUGGUUAGAUGUGGAAAGAAUUGAGUGAAUAAAAAUAAUAUCUACUUCCAGAUAAGCCUGUCUUUUUUUCUUCUUUUUUUUACAUUGACAGGGACUGCAUAAACUUUGGUUAGUAAAAUAAUUGUGCAUGUCAUUUGCUCCAUUAAGAAGAUAAACUGUGCGCUGGGUCCUCUUUCUGUUGAAUAAAUUAUUAAAUUACCUUAUUUUACCUUAUUAUUUGAGAUUUUCCAAUAGUCAACACGACUCUGUUCUGUUCUCCUCUCAUCAGUAAACGUCUUUAUACACAGCACCAACUGUUCAAACUUGGACAAGUUGCACAUCUGGAAAUAUUGCAUCACCGCAAAGACCCCGGAUUGGAGAGAGAGAAGCGUUAAAUUCUCCCUGUCGGUUUUACGAAAACAGUCUUUCGAGCGACAUGACAAAUACAACGCUCGAAGAUUUGGACAGAAACAUAACUUAUUGAAGGAUGGCAGAUUGAUAAAACAUCAAAUUGCACUCUUGAUUGUUUGCAUAUUAUUUAAAAGUUCCGGGUACAAUGUGGAAAUCCCGAUGAAGCGGAAAUCGUGAGCUAAAGUUGUGUUUACGGUGAAGGAGUGGCUCAUACUGUCUCCAGAAACUCAGGAGAGGUGAAGGCCGAGAGUCCUCUGAAACACAACCCAGCCAAGCUGCACUGCCUCUUGACUGGCGACUGUGUCACCGUGCACUGCUCCCGGCCCGCCACAGGAGUUGCUAGUGCGCGAUGGGACAAGGACAUCCCUGCCGGCCAAACCCUCCCAGACGACGCUGGGCCAAUUGUGCGCCGCCCCAUGAGUCUCCCAGUCGCGGCCGACUGCGAUAGAGCCUGGACUCGAACCCAGAAUCUCUAGUGGCACAGCUAGCACUGCCUUAGACCACUGCUCCACUAGGGAGGCCCAUGGUACACUACCUUUCACCAGGCCCAUAGGGCACUACCUUUCACCAGGCCCAUAGGGCACUACCUUUCACCAGGCCCACGGUACACUACCUUUCACCAGGCCCACAGGGCACCACCUUUCACCAGGCCCACAGGGCACCACCUUUCACCAGGCCCACAGGGCACUACCUUUCACCAGGCCCACAGGGCACCACCUUUCACCAGGCCCAUAGGGCACUACCUUUCACCAGGCCCAUGGUACACUACCUUUCACCAGGCCCAUAGUGCACUACCUUUCACCAGGCCCACAGGGCACCACCUUUCACCAGGCCCAUAGGGCACUACCUUUCACCAGGCCCAUGGUACACUACCUUUCACCAGGCCCAUAGUGCACUACCUUUCACCAGGCCCAUAGGGCACUAUCUUUCACCAGGCCCAUAGGGCACUAUCUUUCACCAGGCCCAUAGUGCACUACCUUUCACCAGGCCCAUAGGGCACUACCUUUCACCAGGCCCAUAGUGCACUACCUUUCACCAGGCCCAUAGGGCACUAUCUUUCACCAGGCCCAUAGGGCACUAUCUUUCACCAGGCCCAUAGUGCACUACCUUUCACCAGGCCCAUAGGGCACUAUCUUUCACCAGGCCCAUAGGGCACUACCUUUCACCAGGCCCAUAGGGCACUACCUUUCACCAGGCCCAUAGGGCACUACCUUUCACCAGGCCUAUAGGGCUCUGAUCAAAGGUAGUGCACUAUGUAGUCGAAGUACUAUAGUUCAACCUAUGGGCCUUUGGCCAAAAGUAGUGCACUAUGUAGGGAAUAGGGUUCAUUUUUGGGAUGCAGGCCCAUACGGCUCGUUCUCCUGGCUACUGUAGUCAUGGUGUUUAAUGGAAUGGGACUAGUAAAGGUGCUCCAUUAUCUGUCAAUACACAUGAACGUACAGUAAACUCACUCACUCACUCACUCACUCACUCACUCACUCACUCACUCACUCACUCACUCACUCACUCUCUCCAAUUAUUCAAACCUGGAAUCCUAAACAAACUUUGUUGAACUGUGGUCUUAGUAUUUACAUUCCACAGUGGUAAACUGGAAAACAUUGACCAGGCCUUGUGUUCUCUCGUUGCCUGAGGAACCUGCUUCAGAGUGAUGUGUUCCCUAGAGGCUGUCCCUGGUCUGUUACAAUACUGAACCUGCUUCAGAGUGAUGUGUUCCCUAGAGGCUGUCCCUGAUCUGUUACAAUACUGAACCUGGUUUAGUGUUGAGUCUUCCCUGGUCUGUUACAGUACUGAACCUGGUUAAGAGUUGAGUCUUCCCUGGUCUGUUACAGUACUGAACCUGGUUUAGAGUUGAGUCUUCCCCGGUCUGUUACUGUACUGAACCUGGUUUAGAGUUGAGUCUUCCCUGGUCUGUUACAGUACUGAACCUGGUUUAGAGUUGAGUCUUCCCCGGUCUGUUACAGUACUGAACCUGGUUUAGAGUUGAGUCUUCCCUGGUCUGUUACAGUACUGAACCUGGUUUAGAGUUGAGUCUUCCCCGGUCUGUUACAGUACUGAACCUGGUUUAGAGUUGAGUCUUCCCCGGUCUGUUACAGUACUGAACCUGGUUAAGAGUUGAGUCUUCCCUGGUCUGUUACAGUACUGAACCUGGUUUAGAGUUGAGUCUUCCCCGGUCUGUUACAGUACUGAACCUGGUUUAGAGUUGAGUCUUCCCUGGUCUGUUACAGUACUGAACCUGGUUUAGAGUUGAGUCUUCCCCGGUCUGUUACAGUACUGAACCUGGUUUAGAGUUGAGUCUUCCCUGGUCUGUUACAGUACUGAACCUGGUUUAGAGUUGAGUCUUCCCCGGUCUGUUACAGUACUGAACCUGGUUUAGAGUUGAGUCUUCCCUGGUCUGUUACAGUACUGAACCUGGUUUAGAGUUGAGUCUUCCCCGGUCUGUUACAGUACUGAACCUGGUUUAGAGUUGAGUCUUCCCCGGUCUGUUACAGUACUGAACCUGGUUUAGAGUUGAGUCUUCCCCGGUCUGUUACUGUACUGAACCUGGUUUAGAGUUGAGUCUUCCCCGGUCUGUUACAGUACUGAACCUGGUUUAGAGUUGAGUCUUCCCUGGUCUGUUACAGUACUGAACCUGGUUUAGAGUUGAG